AUGUCUAACAGUCGCAAAACCGAGAAUAUCUUGUCAGUCGUCCACGCCGAAGAGGCUGCUGAAGAAGAGCAAGUCGACGAAGAACCGCAAGAUUCUAGACCAAUAAUAGAGGAAGAAUGUGGUGAGACUGUUCAAUGUAAGCCGUUGAAGGCUCAUUUAGACGAGUGUACUCGGCGUGUAGAAGCUGGAAACACAGACGAGAACUGUAGCGUAUCUUUUGACAUUGCGUUAGGCGUUGAGGAAUUGUUCCACUUUAUGCACUGUGUUAACGAUUGCACUGCACCAAAGCUAUUCGCACAGCUCAAGUAG